GAAACUUUUGGAAUCGCCAAAACUCACCCUGUGAUAAAAAAACAGUUCCGAUCAAUAAACAAAUUCCGUUUUGUUAUUAGAUCUCCUUUUUCAUACUUCCCGAUCUACAUUUUUUACAACCUUCUCAUUGUUUUGCUUCUAGAUUUGGUUUUACAGACAUCAAUCCAUUUCUCCAUAAUCUCAAGAGACUCACUAGGAGCGAUAAGGCUAAAGGAAUCAUGAAUUCGAGCUAUGGAAAUCGAAACAACAAAACCGACGCCUUCGAUUUCGAUCUCGGGCUGGGCUCGGGCCGCGCCACGCCCAUGAAUGGUCAGAAAAGCCAUACGACACCGACGUAUUCAUCAGGGACGUACGCCCAGCAAAGGCCGAACACGACGUCGUCCUGGAGCCACCAGCCCAACAAGCCGGCCUGGACCCAUCAGCCUCCAGCCCCGAUCCAAUCGACCGGGCUGGGAUCCUUAUCCGGGCCGACAUCCAUGGUGGGGGAUAUUUUCGGGAAGAGCUGGAACUCCUCUGCGUCAUCGAGCUCGAGCGCGUCGGGUAUAGGGAUUGUGAACAAUAAUAACCCUAAUCUGUUUGGAGAUCUGCUUAGCUCAGCAAUUGGCCAGAACAAGAGUAGCAACAAUGCCCCUCUGAAAAGCUCUGGUAAUGCUGCAAGCCAGAACACAUUCCAAAUGGGAUCUAUGGCCAAUUCGUUGCCAAAAACUCUUAAUUCAGGUAAUGAUGGCAAAACUUGGGGAUCUAAUGUCGGUAGUAUUGGUGGAAAUGUGAAUUUGGGUGGGAAUUAUAACAAAAGUUCAAGUCUUGGUGGUGGAAAUUUGAAUUUGGGUGCAAACAGCACUAUAAAACCGAAUAUUGGAGGUUCAUCGAUGAAAAAUAUGACGGGAAGUGGAAUAGGAGGCAUGGGGAUGGGUUCUAAUAAGGACCCAUUUGGAUCCCUGCUUAAUUUCGGGUCCAAACCCUCUGCAGGUAAGAGCUCAGCUAGUAAAGCUAGCACCAAGAGUGAUCUGGAAACCGAUUCUUUUGGGGAUUUUCAAAGCACCACUUCGAAAGCCAGUGGAUCUUCAUUUCAGUCUUUUCCAGCGAGUGACAGUGAUCCACUUGGUGAUUUUGGGUUUUCUAAUAAUUCAUCCAAAAAUCAAACUCAGCCUCCUAAACAAUCCUCGGGAGCAAAUGAUUUUGAUGCACUUUUCUCUUCAAAUGAAGGGUUUGCAGCCAAGCAGGUCUCGGGGGAUGAUGACUGGGGAGUGAAUUCGGAGUUUGUUGGGGGAAAUGAUACAACGACCGAACUUGAGGGCCUUCCACCGCCACCUGUCGGUGUUUCGGCCUCGGCUGCCAAAAGUAAGGGUAUGGAUAAUUACAAGCAGGGGCAGUUUGCAGAUGCUAUUAAAUGGUUGUCUUGGGCUGUUAUUCUGCUUGAGAAGGCCAGUGAUGAUGAUGGCACGACAGAGGUUUUGACCUGUCGAGCAUCGUGCUAUAAGGAAGUUGGGGAGUAUAAGAAGGCCGUGGCUGACUGUACUAAGGUUCUAGAACACGACUGUAAGAAUGUGAAUGUUCUAGUGCAACGUGCACUCCUUUAUGAGAGCAUGGAAAAAUACAAGCUUGGGGCUGAAGACCUCAGAACUGUCAUGAAUAUCGAUCCUGGGAAUAGAGUCGCACGAAGCACUAUUCACCGCUUGAAUAAAAUGGCUGGAUGAGGAAAUGGGUCCUAAUAAGUAUUUUCUUGUAUGGCUCUACAAAAAUAUGCUUGAAAGCAUGAUUAUAUCCUUUCAGAACUGUGUUUUUGCUUCACUUACAUGAUAUUUUCUUUUGCCUUUGUACUUUUUGCUAUUUCUAAGUAUUAUUAUACGUAUCUUUGUGUUUUACAUGCACAAGAUAUCACUUUACAAAGAGAUUGUAAGGAUAUAUAUGUGGUAUUUUUGUCCAUUUUGUUCCUUGAAAGUGUUGAGGACAAGUUUGAGUUUCAUUUUGAGCCCCUUAAAGGGAAUCUGUAAUAUCGGCCUCUUUAAGUUGCUGCUUUGAAAAUCUCGGUUUAUAUUGUUCUAAUGUUUUCCCCAGGUGAUGAGAUUGUGAAUUUUGAGAUUUUUGCAAGUGUUUUCAUUAUAUAGUUGAG